UCUGCAUUACCAAGAAUAAAACAUUCAAAUAUUACUUAUAUGCCUUCCACUAUGUUGCCAUCAGUUGUGCCAGAUGAGGGUAUGUCUUUAUUAUUAUAAAUAAGAAUUUAAUGUAUUUGGAUCACAUUUUAAAAUCAAAAUGUUUUUAUUUCAACUAUAUCGUGUCAACUCCAGGUUUUUGAAUAGCGUUGGGAUUAGAAAUUAUUCAGCUCCUGUGAAUAUCAAAAAGACAGUGUUCAUAUCUCAAUCGAAAGAUAUUUUUACAAAUCUUGCCUUUGAAGAUUGGAUGUAUAAAAAUUGGAAUUUCAAUAAUCAUCAUGUUUUGUUGAUGUGGCAAAGUGACCCUUGUGUGGUUAUUGGUAGGCACCAAAACCCUUUUUUAGAAGCUAACAUUGGUGAAUUGAAAAAUAUUACAAAAUGUGGUGUGAGUCUAGCUAGAAGAAAUAGUGGAGGAGGUACAGUUUUCCAUGAUCAUGGAAAUCUUAAUCUAUCCUUUCUUACUACACAUGAGAAUUAUAAUAGACGAUAUAAUUUGGAGGUUAUAUCUCGAGCAGUUUCAAAGGAGUAUGGAUUAAAUAUAGAAAUAAAUAAGAGAGAGGACCUUGUAAUAGGUGAUUAUAAAGUGUCGGGAACUGCUUCUAAGUUGGGAAGACCAAAUGCUUACCAUCACUGUACACUUCUAGUGAAUGUUAACAAGGAAGAUCUUUCAUGUUCAUUGAAAAAAACCAACUUAAAUAUCAAUACAAAUGCAACGAAAUCUGUUCGUUCAAAAAUCAUGAAUUUAAGUGAGAAAAUUGAAAAUAUAUCUGUUGAAAAUCUAAUGAAAACUAUUGGCAUCGAAUAUAUGAGAACUCCCGCUUUUCAAGGAAAAAAUAAAAGUAUUUAUGCUAAUAGUCCCCAAGGAUUCAAGUAUGUAGAUCCUUCAGAAGAGCAAUUCCCCGGUAUAAGUCAUAGUCUUGAGCUUUUUACAAGUUGGAAGUGGAUUCAUGGAAAAACCCCUAAAUUCGUUAUAAAAUAUUCCAUACCACUCUUCCCUAGUUUUGACUGCACCUCAAGUGAUGAAUGUAUUGCAACUUUAACAGUUGAAAAUGGGAUUAUAUGUGAAAUUGGGCUUAUGCUUCCUCAUAUUUUAAACGAUUUGAAUAUUAAAAAUACUGUUGAAAGUGUGCUUCAGCAAUCUAUUUUUAGUUUAGACACUUUUUGUGUUAUAAAAGAGAUCCUUGAUGAAUCUGUCAAAAAUCAGGUUUCUGUUAUAACUUGAUAUUUAGUUUUAUUAUUUUUGUUCUGUUUUUUUUUCACUUUGUUAUUAUUUCUUUCAUGGAUUGUUUGAAUUGUUGUGAUUUUAAUAUUUUGUUAAUUAUUGUUUUUAUUUCUUGGGAUUUAAUAUAAUAAUAAUCUAGAUGAAAGAUUGUAAAAUUUAAAUACAAAUAUAUUUUUUGUGCUGCGCAUUUUUGUUAUCAUAUCCCUAUUUUUCAGAUAUCGUUCUGAAAAUUCGUAUAUCUGGAAGCAGUGAUCCAGAUUUCAUUGAAGUGGAUAUUCCUAAGUGGAAGCUGACAUA